ACCGGAUGAGAUAUCUGUUUGCAUGAAGUGCAAACAGAUAUGUCCUGAACUUUGGAACAGAUCAUGAAAGUAUUGUGACUGCUGAGAAAGAUUUCUGCCUAAGGGAAAUCAUCAAAGAGAAAAUGGUGAAGAUUUAUCACAUUAUUUUGAUAUGCACUUUGCUGCUUGAAACAUGGCUGAUGUCUGAAGCUUCAGUGUUUCUGCCGAGGGAGCUGGCGGGGUCUCUUCUGAAGAGACAAAAACGCUUCAACACAGGAUGGGAGGAGGUUAUGAUGAAGGCUAACUUGGAAAGGGAAUGUUUUGAGGAGCGCUGCAGUCUAGAGGAGGUCAGAGAGGUCUUUGAAGACCAGGAGCAAACCAUGAAAUUCUGGAGGAAUUAUAUAGAUGGAGACCAGUGUCAGUCGAAUCCCUGUCAAAAUGGUGGGAAAUGUGAGGAUGGUAUGAGUACAUACACCUGCUGGUGUCUAGCACGCUUUAGUGGGAAGAACUGUGAGUUAGAGAUGGCAAAACAGUGUACUGUAAAUAAUGGAGGCUGCAUGCACUUCUGCACUGUGGAUAAAAUUUAUGGAGCAGUGUGUGACUGUGCCGAGGGUUACAGAUUGGCUCUGGACAGCAGGACAUGUGAACCUACAGGGCAAUACCCAUGUGGACGUCUCAGUAAGAUUAUUGCUGAAACUCUUAACUCAAGAUCCCUUAUCAGUGCUGAGAAUGGAAAUCAAAAUCAAUCCAUCAAUCACGUCAAUACAACCGAACACAAUAUGACAGAGUCCAGUCCUACAGAUGCCCCUAAAGUGAACGGCACCAGCACACUUCAACCUACACUGGACAACAGCUCCUCCUGGGCUUUCUUUCCCCCUCAACCAACUAUCAAAAAUGCAACAAACAAUGAACAUCGCAUUGUAGGAGGCAAUGAGGCAACACCAGGGGAGAUUCCCUGGCAGGUGGUUUUUAUGGCAAAGGUGAAUAAGAAUGUAUUUUGUGGAGGCUCUCUUCUCAGUGAAGAAUGGGUCAUUACAGCUGCCCACUGUGUUGAAGGAAAGGUGGGAUCUUUCUUCAUCAGAGUGGGGGAACAUGACAUCUCAAAGAAGGAGGGGAAAGAGAGUGACCAGGGCAUAGCGGAGUACCAUAUCCAUCCACGUUACAACUCUCAACACGGUUUUUACAAUCAUGACAUCGCCCUGUUAAAGCUCAAGGGACCCGUUAAAUUUUCAGACUACGUCCUGCCCAUCUGCUUGGGCACUAAAGACUUCACAGAGAACCUGCUCAAGAGCGCGCAAAACUCCCUGGUGAGCGGCUGGGGAAAGCUACAGUUCGGGGGCAUCGAAUCCAAAACACUUCAGAAAGUAGAGCUCCCCUACGUGGACCGGACAGAGUGCAAAAGCAGCAGCACUGACACCAUCUCCCGCUUCAUGUUCUGUGCCGGUUACAGUACGGUACACAAGGAUUCCUGUCAGGGAGACAGCGGAGGACCCCAUGCCACCCGCUAUCAGAACACAUGGUUUCUCACGGGCAUCGUCAGCUGGGGUGAAGAGUGCGCCAAAAAGGGAAAGUAUGGCAUCUAUACCCGCAUCUCAAAAUAUAUGUACUGGAUAAGCAACAUUACUGGGAUCAGAACAGGAUAAAUGUCCAAUAUUGGUCAACAGAGUUUGAAUUAGAUGAGGCCAUUUUCCAGGUUUGUUUUGAAGAAAAAUACACGUUGAAAUGAUUUAGAGCUCACAGUCAUUUCUGUACAGAUAAUAUUUACUAGUCAUCAUUCAACAAACAUACUGUAACAAUCAAGAAAAUAUAUAGUUUACCAUCUUA